AUGAUCAGCUGGGCGCUGAGGCGCGGGGCCGACAGUGCGCGCGACGCGCCGGAUCCGGACGACGCGAGCCAGAUUGAUGCCCCCGACACCCCGGCGCCGGUUUUUGCUGUUCGCGCAUUGAGGAACGCUAUCUUCGGCACCCCCGCACCAAGAGAGCGCCGAAACACGAUGUCCAAGUCCGAUGAUGACCGCGAGAAGACCACCCAGCCUAUCACGACGACAGCCCGUUCCUCUUCAUCCGACAAAGAUAAGACUCCAGCCAAGCCCCCCGGGAUUCUGCUCACUCCCGGAACUGGCACAGCCAAGCGAAAGCGCGUAACAUUUGGCCGCGAUGUCAAGCAGGGUUCAGGAGGUCGAGACAAACCUAGCACCAGUGGUUUGCCUGACGACUGUCCCGGGAAGUUCCCUAGCCCAUGGGUCGAUCGUUCUACCGACGGGAGCUCUUCACGGCCGAAGACUAGGCUGCAGCUGGCCAUGGAGAACGCGCGCAAAAACAGUCGGAAGGGAGGAGUAAUUGAUGGGAAGGAUUUUGACAACUCAGAAGAUGCCGAUUGGGAUGAAGAGGACGACGAGACGGACGACGCGGACGACUCUGGUUGCGAUACCGACGUGACCGUUGACCUCGCCGAGCCGAAGUCACGUUCUGGAAAGUAUUGGAAGGCUUACUUUGAAACUUACCACGCCGAUGCGAAGGCUGAGAUGGAGAAGCUUAUUAAGUAUAAGCAUCUUGCAAAGUCUUAUGCGAAAAAGAAAGAUGCCGAAGCUCUUGAACUGAGUCAGAAGCUUAGCGAGGAGCAGGAAAAAUCCAAGGCCUUGGAGGAGAAAGUCGCAGAGCUCACCCGCCAACUUAAUAUGGCAGGCCGGGGCAAAGCUGGUGGAAAUAAUGCCAAGUUGGUCGACGAACUCGAGGAACAGAGGGCUCUGGCAGCCGAGUACAAGAAGCAACUCGAAGCUUUGGAAACACUGCUAGAAGACGAGACCAACGAUGCUGCAGAUGGGCGCAGCAAACGUCGCAUUGCCUCGCCCAAGACGCAAAAAACAUUAUUAGAAGCGCAACGGGAGUUACGGAAGGCGAGAACGCAGAUCCGUGAGCUUCAAAAGCUCCAAGAGGAGCGAGACAAGCUGAGGUCCCAGCUCAGAUAUGUCGAGCAACGGGCCAGCAAGCUUGAAGAGGAAAACAGCAAACUGACCAAAGAGCUGUCUCAAAGCAAGUCCAAGUUGAGCGACCUGGAGAAGCGACUGGCCGAGUCCAACAACGAGUACGAAACCUUGAAAGAAAAUGCAAAGGCUCGGUAUAUCGAGGCCAAGCAGGUCUGCGACGUCAAGAACGAGACCAUCGCGAAACUGCGGGCAGAGAUCGAUGCGCUCAAAAAAGAUGGGACAGACGCCGAACGUGUGGGCCGUUCAGCAGCAACAAGCACCACUGAGGAAAAAACGGCGACCUCUCGAGCAGGACUGUCUGAGACUCGGCAUCGUGAGAGGCAAGGGCUGGAGGGUUACAGGCGGACGACAUCUGGCGAUCGCGUUCUCCCUUUGUCUCGCGCUUCGACAAGCAGAACUCAGGCCGAAGUUGACGCCAAGUUGGAGCCUGCCGAUGAUGUGCUUUCCGAUCGUGGAAACCUGCAGGACAGCCGAAGCUCGGCCUCCAGCGGGCGCUCUGCGCAUGCUCGGGAUGACGACGAUGAUGUUAUUCUUCCAAGCCGGACCACCCACACCACAACUGGCGGUCGUUCUCUCAACCAAACUUCAACUAUUACAUCUGAGAAGCGGUCUGUGGACGACCUGCACAGCAGGAGGACCUCUACAACAGCGAGACCCUCCGCAACCACCCUCUCCAAAUCGAAUCAGUCCAGUAGGCCCCUCUCCCCUCCAUCCGACAGCGAGGAAGAGCAGGCGAAGCCCAGCACCCUGCGCAGCCGACUCGACCGCCUCGGAAGCCGCGUCGGCAUCAGUGCAAGCAGGUCUGUCGCUGCUACCAGCGCCGCGCCCGCAGCUGACAGCAGUGUCAUGUUCAACACGACUCGAACCUCUCUGCCUGCGGAUCGUGCAUCAGCUGCCAGAGCUCGCCUUGAACUCAAGCGCCAGGAGCGUUUGCGUGAACGGGAAAGGGCACGGGGCCUGAUGAGAGAGCGCGAGCGGGAAAGAGGGCUGGCGAUGGAGGAGAAGGAAAAUGCAGAGGGGUAUUAA